UACUCUAUGAUAUAGCAUCGUAUUCAUCAUUUGAAAAUAUUUCAUCUUGGUUAAGUGAAAUAAAAGAAUCAGCUCAUAAUGAUGUUAUUAUAAUGUUAAUUGGUAAUAAAGUCGAUAAAUCUCAACGUGUUAUAUCACGUGAAACUGGUGAACGUUUAGCAAGAGAUUUUCAAAUAAGUUUUCUUGAAACAUCCGCUAAAACAGGUCAAAAUGUUGAAUUAGCUUUUAUGGCAACAGCACAAGCUUUACUUGACAAAAAAAUCCAUGAAAAUAAUGCUAAUAUAUCAUUAAAUGAUCUUGUUAAAACGACUAAUACUGAAACAAAUUAUUCAUGUUGUUAA